CCCCCAUCCGCACGCAUACGUGAAAGGUUGCUGAGGCCUUGAACCGUCUCAGCGCUUCGGGAGUUCUCUGGUCGGAUUUGGGAUGAGGCAGGAAGUCUUGGUUUCCUCCGCUGUCAGACGUGCUGAGCCUGGGCUUCGCAGAUGUCGGGUGUCCCUGCCAUCCCGCUACUGAUCAAUCUGGGCUGUUCGGUGCUUGGCCUCCUGGGCACUGCCGCCCUCAUCCCCGCCUUCAGGCAGCACUUCAUUGUGGCCCGGCUCUACGGCAUCGACCUCAACAAGACCUCAAAAGAGAAAGUCCCAGAAGCUCAAGGGGUAAUCAGCGGCGUGGUCUUCCUCAUCAUUCUUUUCUGUUUCAUUCCUGUUCCUUUUCUGCACUGCUGGGCGAAGGAGCAGUGCAUCACCUUUCCUCAUGAUGUGUUUGUGCAGUUAAUUGGGGCCCUCCUUGCCAUCUGUUGUAUGAUAUUCUUGGGGUUUGCUGACGAUGUCCUCAACCUGCAGUGGAGACACAAAUUGUUGUUGCCGACCAUGGCCUCCCUGCCCCUACUCAUGGUGUACUUCACCAACUUCGGCAACACCACAAUUGUGGUGCCAAAACCCUUGCGCAUGUUUCUGGGUCUCCAUUUAGACUUGGGAAUUCUGUAUUAUGCCUAUAUGGGGAUGCUGGCAGUGUUUUGCACAAAUGCCAUCAACAUUCUGGCUGGUAUCAAUGGAAUUGAGGCUGGACAGUCUCUAGUGAUUGCCAUGUCAAUCAUCAUUUUUAAUUUAAUAGAAUUAAAUGGUGACUACAAGGAUGACCACAUAUUCUCCCUGUACUUCAUGAUACCCUUUUUCUUCACCACUUUAGGACUGUUAUACCAUAAUUGGUACCCAUCCAGUGCAUUUGUGGGCGAUACAUUCUGUUACUUUGCAGGAAUGACUUUUGCAGUGGUUGGGAUCCUUGGCCACUUCAGCAAGACCAUGAUGUUGUUUUUCAUCCCUCAAACGCUCAACUUCCUGUACUCAGUGCCUCAGCUUUUCCAUGUCAUUCCGUGUCCGCGGCAUCGGAUGCCCAGACUAGAUACCAGCACUGGAAAGCUAGGCAUGAGUUACUCAAAAUUCAAAACUAAGGAUUUGCCCAAACUUGGAUUCACAAUUUUAAAGGUAGCCAACAAGCUGGGCCUGGUGGAGAUGAACCACGAAGUUGGAGAGAACAACGAAUAUACAGAAUGCAACAACCUGACUCUGAUUAACUUUGUAUUAAAGCUGAUAGGACCUACACACGAAAGAACCCUAACCAUUAUACUUCUGUUUAUCCAGGUCUCAGGAAGUGUGUUUGCUUUUCUGAUUCGUUACCACCUGGUCCGCUGGUUUUACGACGUCUGAUUCUCAUUCUCAAAUGUUUGAAGCAUGGUUAUUCCUCUGGGGAGUUAUUACUCCAAGCUGCCUAUCAGAGCUUGCUGGAUACAGGGGUAUCUGUUGAUUGCUUGGUUGGAUGUAUUGAGUUGGAGUUUUGUUUUAUUGUUAGUGCACUUCAUUGAUGAAUAAUGUUGCUGAAAAUUAGUCUUGGAAAAGUAUUGAUUAAUUGUUGUGGGCGUUGAAAGAAUCAAUGAUGGAGAAUGUUCUUAUAAUUUAAGUGAACUGAUUUAAAAUAAUGUGACAGUAUCUCCAAAUUGUGUGGAGACAAUUUCAAAAUACAUUUUCUUGAAUGAUGCACUUCAUUAUGUUGCACACAUCUUUACCAUUUGUUCCUUUAGAAUGCGGUGCAAUAUCAAAGAAUUUGUUACUGUAAAGCAAAACCUUUCAGUCCUUUGUUUUAAUUUCAAGGUGAUUUGCUCAUUUCAAGAGAUUCUAAGCUCUAAUUACCAUUGACUAUGAAGUCAUGUAAGCUUUUGUGUUAUUCCUGUUCUCCUUUAGCAUUCUUACAUCGUCCAUAAAAAAAAUCCUGUCCAAAUGUUGAUGAUAAAGAUUUUGGGAAGUUUUCAGAGAAGAUAUCUGUGUGUCUGAAUGAACAGACAAACAGAUGGACAAUACUAACAGAAAGUGCAUCGACAUUCCUGAGCAACUCAGGAGGAUGCAUGCUCAGUAACAUAUAACCAUGGUACUAGUGUGUCUUUCCCCCACGGGCACUGAUUUCAGAAAGGAAAUUUGCAGUGUGCGGUUUGGUGUGUGAAACUUGUAAACUUGGUCAAUGUUAUAGAGUGCCAGUGAUGCUUACUAAAUCCCCUCAGGAUGGAUUGGAUAACUGAAGGCAAAGCAAAUCAGUCUCUGUAAUGUUUGAACAUAGUGUUUUUUUUUAAAAAAGGAAGUUACUAUGCUACCAUCCUCUUGCUGUCAAUAAGCUGUAUGUUAUGACCCUGAUUUCAGCAUCAGUACUCCAAAGAAAUAGCUGCCAGUUUAAAAUAAAAGUAAAGCUCUGCAGAUUUAAAAUAACAAAAUUCAUGAAAACAUUCAGCAAGUUCUAUGCCUUCCGAGUAGAGACAAACCAUGGAAUAGUCAUUCAUUUUAUCUCUCCACAGCUGUUGCAUAACUUGCUGAAAUUUACAGUAUUUUCUGUUACCAUCCUAGAAAAUAGAUUGCUGUAAAUGAAACCUAGAAGGAUGGGUAAGAGCUGGGUGAACUACGACAACAGUGGGUAAAGUCCUAAACCAUUCAAUAACUUGAAAAAUUAACUGAAUGAAAACGCACAUCAAAUUUCUUGUCAAUUUUCAUCACAUUUCACUUCCCUAAUUUACAUACUAAAACUUGACACAGUUAUUUAAACUACUAUUGAUAAGAAACAGAAAUCCUAUCAUCCAGAUGUUUUAUGUGUUCAAGGCAAGGAUAAAAUGCUGUCAUUGGACACUGAAAUUGACCCAGUCAAAACUCCUUAAUGUUUAAAAUUUCCUAAAUGUCUGUUGUUUUCAUAUGACCUCAAUUGUGUUAACUGGAAAAAUAAGUGAACAAUGUAUGAGAGAAUAUUUCAAUUUUUAUACAUUGUAUGUAAAAUAAAUAAUGUAUAUGUGUGUGUAACUGGGAAUGAGAUGCUCUAAGUUGUUGAUAAUAUAAACUAUGGGUUUGAGAAUUGUGAUUUCAAGAACCAAAUAAAGAUGAGAAUUUAACUACG